CGGCCCAGUAGUCUCUAGUCAUCAAUUUCAUCGGGUUUAAAGAACCGUAAUUGAAUUCGCGAUUUCGAGGAGACGCGCGGUUCAUAAUCAAACGUCUAACGGCACACCUACUCCUCUCCUCUAUUAAGAUGAAGAAGGCGUGUUUUCUGUGCCUACUCGUCUGUUUAACUACUGCAACUGCCUUAACGAGAAAACAGGAGGCGGCCGAGCAAAGUCGUCGUAAGGCAUCAUUGCCAUCGUUGAAAAGAAAGGAAGAAGGAGUCACGAGGACGGUCGAUGAGGAGCAAGAAAAAUACGAGGACGAGGACGAACUAUCGGAUCAAUGUCCUGAACCAAAUGGUUACUUUCCCGACGGUGAACAAUGCGACAAAUACUACGAUUGUCGGGACGGGAAAUUUACGGUGAAACUUUGUCCGGAUGGUUUGGUCUUCAAUGAUUUCAGUCCGCAACAUGAGAAGUGUGAUUUACCGUUUGGCAUUGAUUGUACCAAGAGACCAGAACUACAAAAACCUCAACCAUCGCCGCACUGUCCACGUAUGCACGGAUAUUUUGCACACGAGGAUUCAAGGAACUGCGACACUUUCUAUUACUGCGUCGAAGGGAAAUACAACAUGAUUACGUGUCCAGACGGACUUGUAUUUUCCGAGAAGACUGGCAUAUGCAAUUGGCCUGACGAGGCACAAAAAAAGGGCUGCGGAUCCAGAGAAUUAUUUAAUUUUACCUGUCCGAAGGUCGACGAUUCGGUUGCGGCAACUCAUCCAAGAUAUCCCGACACCGAGGAUUGUCAAUAUUUUUACGUAUGCGUAAAUGGUGAGAUACCAAGGAGAAGUGGAUGUAAACUUGGACAAGCAUUUGACGAACGCACAGGAAAGUGCGAUUGGGCUAGAAAAAUUCCAGAAUGUAAGGACUGGUACAAGGAUCAAUUGACCGACGAGGAAUUAGAUGCAUUAGAAAAUCCACCGCCAAAGCCUAAGCCUGCCGGCGGUGGUCAAAAUAGAAGAAAAGGAUCACGGCCAACUUAAAAUAAUAAACUUUCGUAGAUUCUACCUUGAGAUAUUUUACAAUUGAAAUUUGUCAUCUAUAAUAAAACAAAUGUCACUUUUCUUAGUUA